UGCCAUAGUCAGCAGGAUACUUUCAUUCUCUGGACACUACUCACCCCAGACACUCCUGCUGCUCAGAGAUCCUGGGACAUCUGACAUACAGCUGGGAGAGAUGGUCUUUGUUUUCCUUUGUCUGUAUCCUUUCUGUCCUUUGUCAUAAGAAGGAGUUACCAUAGGGCAGAACACAGGCAUAGACCAUACAAGCCUGCUGUUGGAGCCAGCCUCAUAGACUGGGCUCCUCGGGCCAGGUCUGUGUCUGAUGGCUUUUAUGAAAAAAUAUCUCCCCCCCAUUCUGGGGAUCUUCUUGGCCUACUACUACUAUUCUGCGAAUGAGGAAUUCAGACCAGAGAUGCUCCAAGGAAAGAAAGUGAUUGUCACAGGGGCCAGCAAGGGGAUUGGAGAACAGAUGGCCUAUCAUCUGGCAAAGAUGGGGGCCCAUGUGGUGGUGACAGCAAGGUCUAAAGAAAAUCUAAAGAAGAUAGUAUCCCAUUGCCUGGAGCUUGGAGCAGCCUCAGCACACUACAUUGCUGGCACCAUGGAGAAUAUGACCUUCGCAGAGCAAUUUGUUGCCAAAGCUGGAAAGCUCAUGGGGGGACUAGACAUGCUUAUUCUCAACCACAUCACCAACACUUCUAUGAAUCUGUUUAGUGGUGAUAUCCACAUCGUGCGCAGAAGCAUGGAAGUCAACUUCCUCAGUUAUGUGGUCCUGAGUGCUACUGCCUUGCCUAUGCUGAAGCAGAGCAACGGAAGCAUUGUUGUCGUGUCCUCGAAGGCUGGGAAAAUGGCUAGUCCACUUAUUGCGCCCUAUUCUGCAAGCAAGUUUGCCCUGGAUGGGUUUUUCUCCUCCAUCAGGAUGGAACAUUCAGUGGCCAAGAUUAAUGUAUCGAUCACUCUCUGUAUCCUCGGCCUCAUAAACACAGACACAGCCAUGAAUGCCAUUUCUGGAAUAGUCAACAUGGAGGCAUCUCCAAAGGAAGAAUGUGCCCUGGAGAUCAUCAAAGGGGGAGCUCUGCGCCAAGAGGAAGUGUACUAUGACAACUCAGUCUGGACAGCUCUCCUGCUGGGAAAUCCAGGGAGGAAGAUUCUGGAACUCUUCUCCUUAAGAAGUUAUAGUUUGGACAAGUUUAUAAUCAACUAAGCACUUCCUUAAGGUGGAUCAUGGUAAGAGAGCUUGGGACUGUUCUUCCUGACAUUUAUCUGAGCUCCAUCCAUGAAGGCAUCUCCCUGGAGACAUAAGUGAGGGUCCCAGAGAGUUGGAAACAUCACAUGUCAUGGCUUGAAGGAGUUCCUCUAACACUUGCACAGUGGAAAUGUAAUUAUAAUGAAUGUCAUGAGCCACUGCAACCUGCAGUCAUGAAAUUGAUAACCGUAGGUAUAAUUAAAAGGCAGUUCUAUCAAGUUUACCUCAUAUGUAAUAAUAUUAUGAUAAUUAAAACAUUAAUUAUAAUAAAGGUCAUAUCUACU